CAUACACUUGUAUUCCGAAAGCGUACUGCAUAUUUGAUAUUUGUACUGUAUGAAUAGGCCAUAAUCUCUUAACAUCCUUUAUCAAUAAACUAUCCCAAGUGUACACUCAGGCCAAUACACACGGAAAGGUAGCUAUGAUCCAGCCCCCCUGAUUCUAAUCGAUAAAAUAUUCAAUGUUUGAAAAUUAAAGGUUCCACGAUCAGGUUGCAAAGCUAUAUAAAAUUAGAACUUUAGGCAAGUAUUCAACUUCCUCGGUUUUCACAACAACAUAAAUGUGUCCAGUUUAAAGAAUUUUCAGAAGAUGUGAAAAUUUUCAAGAAUAAAAUCAACGGAAAGAUGGAGAAAUGCUUAAUAGAAGAACUUGUUGAAGAGAAGGAAAAGAAUAUAGAGGAGGAUGAGGAGGAAAAGGAGGGGGAGGAGGGGGGAGAGGAGAAAAAUGGAAAUAUAGGAGAACAAGGACAGCUGGCGAGUUCUACGAGUAAUCUUAUGGAAGUGCUUCAUGGGGGCAGACCUAAGGACGAGGAACCCCAUGUAAACAAGAAAAUUAAGAAAAAACGAGAAAGAACUGAAUACAUAGUUAGGGUUGAUUUGGUAAGAAACUUUUUCAUUUUAAAAGGACUGUAUGCAUUAUUUCCAGUGCACACUUUAGUAAAAGAUAUGAAGCAUAAAGUCUGA